AUGCUGCGUAAGAUAUAUGAUGAAGAAGAGGUAGAGGAAGAGAAAAUUGAAGAAUACGAGGAAGAAGAUUCCGGUCCCAUCUACGUCACUGAUGGGGAAGGAGUAUUUUGUGAAAGAAUAAGUUUCUUGGUUGAAGAGGAGUUUAUUGAAGAAAUUGAAGAAGAAACUAAUUUUGUGAUCAGAGAUGAAAUUGUUGAAGCAAUUGUGGAAGAAAUCAAUUUUAUUGAUAUGCACGAAAUUGUUGAAGAAAUGGUGAUUUUUGUUGAACAACAAAAAUCAUUCCGAGAGCUCACAACCUUGAGAACCAAUGACUAUAAGUGCCACAAAAAUUCAGGUUCUCAUAUCUUUUAUGAACAUAAUUCCUUUUCUAAUGAUCUUAAAGAAAUCCAAAUUGGAAGCUUCAUUGAUCAAGAAGGGUUAUUUGUUUUUCUUCUUCUUGUUCGUUUCAAAGUGUGGGAAAUGUUUACACUUUAG